AUGCUAGACGAACUCGCCGCGUCGAGUGACCUGCUAUGUACUGCCAUCGAAAGAUAUUCUGCUGCAUGUAUAGCUAUCCGGGAGUCUUUUGAACGAAGGGAAAUACCACACGAAACCAGUUCUCAGCUCACGCCUCGAAUGAGCACCGAAGUCCAGCUAGCUACCUCACUCGAGGUCAAGCUCCGGGGAGCCAAGGCAAGCUUAAACUGGUGUAGGAACCAAGCAAUCCCUCAUGCCACAAUCAACAGUCUUCCUCCAGAGCUAUUAUCCCGUAUCUUCCAUCUGGUUUAUCGGUCACGGCCCUGUGCGAAACGAGACUAUGCCAGCUGCUCAAUGUCGGAGCCCGUAUAUCCAAAAGCUCUCUCCCUCGUCUGCUCUCGUUGGAGAGAGGUUGUAUUUAGCCUUCCUGCUCUCUGGACACACAUUGAUAUUUCCACGUCAGCGCCAUUCAACCAGCAACACCUUGGCGGUAUCGUGCAGCUCCAUCUGAGUAAAGUGGGACAACUUCCAAUAGACCUCCAUAUUUUUGAUCCACCUGGAGAUGACUAUGGUUUAUCUUUUAAGCAAUAUGGUCCCGUACGGGAAUUGACUGCCCAGGUUGCAAGCCGCGUCAUAUCGUUUGACUUGGACAUUGAGAAGAGAUUUGACUAUCACAUCCAUUACAACAUUUUGGAAACAUUCAUCAGGAGUUGUGCGCCAGGACAACUGGCACGGAUAACUUUGUCACAAAAUUCCGAGGGUGGCCACGAGCUUCUUAAUUCUGAUUUUGGCAUUCCUGAUGUAGAACACGAAAGCUUUUCUUUGCGACGAUUUGAAGAGAUUUUGCUACACGUCUCUGUUUUACGACUCAGCCGGCUGUUCCCUUCAUGGAGUAGCCGUGCAUAUCACGGACUUGUAGAACUUCGAAUUGUUCAUGGACGAUUCCCUGUUCCCGAAUCGGACUUUACCAAUAUGCUCCGGUGCAGUCCAGAUUUGCGUAUCCUUCAAUUUAACCUUAGCAUUAUCAAUUCACUCCCAGUAUACUACCGCCCCACGCCGAUUCCUCUCAUCAACCUAGAAGUGCUCAACUUAUCCAAAUUAAACUACUAUGAGCUUUCUACCUUGCUUAGGUGGAUUGCCCCGGGCCCUAAACCACUCCAAUUCGCAGCCGCGGCACAGAUUGGCCCACGCUUCACGGAAGAAAACAUCAAGUUAUUUUUUUGCCUACUCACUUUGCUGCCGGAUAUUCAAGAACUGGUUCUACACGGAACAUUCCUUGAUGCUGGUCAAGAUGACCUGAACAAAGCUGUGAGGUCCAUCCCUCAGCGUCGAUUGGACGGUUUUCAUUUGGCUACUUGCGGGGUCGAUACAACUAUUCUUGGGUUGAUGAGCAACUCGCCGUUGAGUAUCAGGUUGUUUACAUUUCAUGGGUGUCACUUCUACCACAAUGGCGCAUAUAUCCCAGAUGGUGGCGUAGCUUCUCAUAUCAAAGAAUUGGGCAAAAAAUACCCUAGUGUUAAGUUUACUAUCAAAGCCUCUGAGGGGCCUGGCUCAGUCAAGAGCUGGAACUUGUUUGCAUCACAUGAAAUGCCUUGGGCAGGAUAA